CCGAGGCUCGUCAGUCGCCAGCGGAGCCCCAGACGGCGGAUGAGCGGAGCCGAGUGCGUGUGCGUAGCCCUCGUCGUUUCCCACAGCAGCCGAAAGCAGCGUCCGGCCGCCCGGAGCCUGCCCGCAACAUGAUGCUCAAACUCCUCCACCUCCUCGGGAUGCUCGUCUGCAGCAGCCAAGCCGCCCUGCAGGUGUCCAUAUCCCUGAACAAAGUGGAGCUAAGCGUCGGAGAGUCCAAAUUCUUCAUCUGCACAGCUAUCGGCGAGCCGGUGAGGCUGGAUUGGUACAACCCCCAGGGCGAGCGCAUCGUCCAGUCCAAGCGGAUGGCGCUGCACACGGAGACGUCGCGGUCCAGGCUCAUCAUUUACAACGCCAUCAUCGAGGAUGCCGGGAUCUACCGCUGCCAGGCCACGGACGCCAGCGGUCACACCGAGGAGGCCUCGGUCGUGCUGGAGAUCUACCAGAGGCUGACGUUCCAGGAUGUUCAGUCACCACAGGAGUUCCGCCACGGCGACACGGCGGAGGUGGUGUGUGAUGUCAUUAGCUCACCGGUGCCUGUGGUGGUGUGGUACUACCAGGAUAAGGAAAUCACAGAGGAACACCGCAACAAGUUCCAGGUGCUGGCGAACAACAACCUGCAGAUCCACCAGGUGAACAAGGCCGACGAGGGCGUGUACCGCUGCGAGGCGAGCGUGGAGGCCCGGGGCGAGAUCGACUUCGUGGACAUCGCUGUGGUGGUCAACGUCCCUCCGGUGCUCUCCGUGUUCCAGCAGACCUUCAACGCCACGGCGGACUACCAAGAAUCCGUCACGUUGACUUGCAUCACCUCUGGAUCUCCGGACCCCGUGGUCACUUGGCACAGGAAAGGGCAGCAGCUGGAGCCGUCGGAGCACCACGUCUUCAACCGGCUGGAAGGCGGCCGCGGCAUGUUGACCAUCCACAACAUCCGGCAAGGGGACGGGGGCGCCUACACCUGCAAGGCCACCAACAAGGCGGGGUCCCUGGACAGGGAGCUGUUCCUCAAAGUGUUCGUCCAGCCUCACAUCACCCAGCUGAAAAACGUGACAGCCGUGGAGGGCAGCGCCGCCAUGAUCUCCUGCGUGGCCGAGGGCGAGCCUCUGCCCGACAUCUCCUGGAGGAGGGCCAGCGACGGCCAUACCUUCGUGGAAGGGGACAAGAGGCAGGACGGGCGCUUCGAGGUCCGCGGCCGCCACGGCAAGUCGGUGCUGACGAUCAGCGGCGUGCGGCUCGCCGACCUGGGCCGCUUCGACUGCGAGGCGCUCAGCCGGAUCGGAGGGCAUCAGAAGAGCAUGUUCCUGGACAUCGAGUAUAUACCAAAGUUCCUGACCAAUCACACCAUCUUCUACUCGUGGGAGGGGAACCCGGUGAACAUCAGCUGUGACGUGAUGUCCAACCCUCCCGCCACCAUGCUGUGGAGGCGGGAACGCCUCACCAUCUCCGCGGAGGCCACCGCCAACACGCGGGUGCACAGCGCGGAGGGCAAGUCUGUGCUGGAGGUGACUCCGAUGUCCGACAGGGACUUUGGCCGCUACAACUGCACGGCCAGGAACAACAUUGGAGUUCGAUACCAGGAGUUCAUCCUGGCGCAGGCAGACGUGCCAUCGAAUCCGUACUCCGUGCGCCUCUCGGCCGUCUCCCAGCGGCUGGCCACCGUCACCUUCAUGAAGCCCGACUCGCACGGCGGCGUGCCCAUCAGCUACUACCUGGUGCAGUACAAGGAGACGGGCUCGCAGGAAUGGAGGGACCUGAAGUCGCACAGUGUUCAGACGACGGUGGUGCUGACGGUGCUGGAGCCCAACACGACGUACGAGGUCCGAGUGGCGGCCGUCAACGGCAAAGGUCAGGGGGAGUUCAGCCACACGGAGAGCUUCCAGACGCUGCCCAUCCGGGAGCCGAGUCCGCCGGCGGUCCACGGGCAGAGGGGAAUGGGCAAGGCCUACCGGCUGGGGCUGGUCAAGCAGGACGACGGAGGGAUGCCCAUCGUGGAGUAUAUCGUCAAGUACAAGACGGAUAAGGAGGAGCAGUGGAUGACCAAGCUCGUUCCCGGAGCGAACGACUUCGCCAUGCUUCAGCCGCUGCAGUGGAACACGAGAUACGAAGUGGAAAUCACGGCGCGCAACGUCAAGGGCCUGUCGGAGCCGACCUUCUAUCAGUUCUUCAUGCCACAGAAGCCCGAUAUUACAGCAGAAUCCCUGUUCAGCGGCAUGGGCCUGGGGCGGGUGGUGGGCCUUGGCUUCGGCGCGCUCCUGCUGCUGCUCGUGCUGGUGGACGUCAGCUGCUUCUUCCUGCGUCACUGCGGCCUGCUGAUGUGCAUCACGCGCACGCUGUGCGGCAAGAAAACAGCCACCAGCGGCAAGGGCAAAGAAAUGGAGGAGGGCAAGGCUGCCUACCUGAAGCUACCGUUGAAGGAAGAAAAUGGAAAAGAGUCUCUCAAGCCGGAUACGAUUGAAAUCAAGGUGCACAGUGACAACAGCCUCCACACAAAGCCUGACGACAGCAAGGCGUAAGGCCGCGGGGGGGACAGGGAGGAGGAGACGGGUCGGUCCCCUCGCCACCAAAAGAACAUUCGGAUCACGAGACCAAAACCCAGAGAAACUACAACACUGGAAAAUAGUGGAGUAAAAAUACCAUAUCUGUUUAUAACGCUGCCCCGAGGGGAAGGCAUGUGUAAAUACAAAUAAUAGAGAGAAAAUAGAAAGGAGGAGAGGGUCAACCUUUUAGACCCCCCCCCCCCCCGAGUGAUAAAUGUAUCAUGUUCUUGUAAACAUGGCGUCAGUGGAAGGCUCUUGUUUCUCAAUGAUUGUAGAUUGGUUUCUUGCCGUGUGUUUCAAUGUUUUUUUUUCUCCAUUUUAACUUGUUUUCCUUUUUUAAGACGGUCAUGUCUCGAAAUGGCUAUGAGUCACGACGUCUACCAGGCCCCCCCCCCCCCCCCCCCCAACCCCAACGCAACUUCUCAGACUCCUCACGCAAUCCCAAAUGCGUUUGUAUUCUAGUGUGCCCCCCCUUUUUUUGUCUGCUUGAUGUUACGAUCAUUUCAACCCGGUGUCCUUAGCGCCACACUUCAGCGUUCCUGUUUUCUUUUUCCUGCUCGUUGCGUUUCAGGCGAGCUGGCUUCAAAAAAACAAAAAGGCGAAACGCCGCUCACGAGGUUCAAGGCUUUUACUUCUCGCUGGGGCCAUUUUGUAACAUUUGAAACGUGUCCUCGUCGUGAAUUAUUAAGAAGAAUCUGGGCUUUAUCUGAUGGUUAGUGUCGUCUGAAAAAAAAAAAGGGCUUUUGUGGGUUGGAGUUGGAGUUUGUGUUGCGGGGAAAAUCAGAGAAAAAACCACAAAAUGUGUGUUCAAUCUGCUCACUGGGGGUGUAACCGAACUGCCAGUCACCGUGCACUUUGGGUACACAACUUGGAAUAUAAAAGAAGACAGACGUCCACGCAAUUACUCUGAAUGAUGUCGCGUAAUUGUUUCUAUAUGUAGAGGGCAAAGAAAAGCAGAGUAUCCUCACGGGGAAAGAAACCGACAUGUGUACGUUGAUGAUUUGCCUUUUUUAUCUCUUUUCUGUCUCACAUUUCCUUUUCUUGUUUUUUUUCUCAGUCUGAUCGCUGUUCUCUCUGCUGUUGUCACGUGUUGUACAUAGGUGGUGGAAAAAAAAGAAUAUUUUACAAAAGCUUUUAUGUAAAUAUACCCUAAAGGAUGUCUCUCUUUCUUCUUUUGUGUCAAAAUGCAACAGGCUUUUUCUUUUCCUUUUUUUUUUUCAGGUGAAAAGCGGUUUUACUUUUACUCCCUUCUUACGUUGUGUUUUGGUCAGACGUUCAGUGAUGGUGUAAUAUUUGCUUUUUUAUAUCCAUUUACUUUCCCUAAAGAAACCCCGCGCCCUAAGGCUAUUUCAGGGCAUUUAACGGAGGCAGUAAAUAUGGCAUUAGUGUGCCUCCUUUUCUUUUCUCCUCCUCCACCCUUGUGGCCCAAUGCCGCUGCAGCACCGUCAACCGUCCGACGAACUUCUGAUUGUCACGUUUGCUGCUUCUUCUCUUUCUUUUUUUCUCGCGCUGCCACUGAAUGAAUUUUAAAUCGUGACGCUGUGAAUUCCUGGAGAUGUAGUUGUAAGACUGUGGGUCGUAGUCGCCAACACUGGACAGAAACAGACGUGUUUAACUACCUAGUGCAACUAGAUGUCGGCUCGACGCCGUGAGUUCAAUUCCGGCUUUACCGCCGUGUAGCGUGCAUACGUGCGUGAGUGGUUGAACGCACUUGUCUAAAUGAAUCAGGUCGCAUGUGUGUCUGUUUGAAUGUAUCUGCACGUACUGUAAGUCAGUCUGUGAGUGUGUGUGUGUGUGUGCCCACUUUUCACAAUAAGAGUUUCUCAAUUCCUCAUAACCUAGUCGAAAUCCCAAUAUCUUGCCGUUUUGUUUUGUUACAAUUCACCUGUUGAUUUCUGUUCAUUAUUUAUAUUCUAUACUCACCGGCUACCUGAGGCGUUAACCCUGCGAGUCGUGUGUGAACAUGCCCGAGGCGUGAAUACCUGUGUGCGAGGGGUCUCUCCUCGAGCGUGGCGAGUGCACUCCGAUGGCUAAAACCUGAUUAUGUGCUUCUCGACAAUGAUUAAUUCCCCCCCGGGUGCAGCACUCCGCGCACGUGUGUCUGCGAGGGCCCACUGCCGCCACUGCUCCCCCCGCCUCUCUCGACUCCGCUGGUUUUUUCGUGGCGCCGGCUUUUGUUUUCCUCACGGCGAGUCCCUUGUACCGGCACAUCUCAAAACGGAUGGUCCUGCCAUGGAGUGGUCCCCGCUGCCAGUUACGAUGACUGUAAAUAUGGGAGCACAGUGCCUGGAGGCUAUACGAUUUGUACAUGUUCUUUUGUAUUUGAAUAUGAGUCUAAA